AUGAAAGCCACGAUCUUCACCAUCGUCCCACUCCUCUUCCUGUUCGUCGGCAGCGUCCUCGCCUCGCCGGUGGCCGUCUCCACGGCCGACGAGCAGGACCUGGCCGCACGGCAGUUUAUCGAGCUCGACUUGAUCGUGAACGUCCUGUAUUCCGAUGUCCAGGUCACGAAUAAGUUUUACAACACCACCUGCGCUGAGAAGUGCAGUCCUGUCUACGUGGUGGAAUGGGCGAAAAAAGUCAGCUUCCACUGCUACGACGCAGUCGCCAAGUGCAAGCAGCUGCCGUCGGGCUACCGGUUCCUAAACCUGGGGUUGAUCGUGAAGCUGGUCGUUGCGCUGCUGGUCGAGAUUCAGUACACGCUGAAGUUCUUGCUGGCUGGGUGUGGGAUCCCCUUCAACAUCGGCGUCCUCGGGCUCGUCGGAAACCUGAUCAUUGCGCUGAACCUGCUGCUCAAAACGCUCGCUCGCUUCGUGUUCGGCCUGCUGCCGGCGAUUUUGGUCCUGCUGCUGAAAAUCCUCGGCGGUGGUGGCGGGUGCGGGAUUUGUGAAUUGGGGUUGAAGUUCUGGUUGUAG